AUGUCGAAGAAGAUCACUCUCAAGAGCUCCGACGGCAUAUCUUUCGAGGUCGAUGAAGCCGUUGCCCUCAUGUCUCCGAGAAUCGAACGCAUGAUCGAAGAAGACCGCACUGGUAAUGGAAUCACUCUCCCAAACGUGAAGAGUGCAGCCCUCGCCAAGAUUAUCGAGUACUGCAAGAAGCACGCCGAAGCCAACGCUGAUGACACUGAGCUCAAGGCUUGGGACUUAAAUUUCGUCAAACUAGACAAGGAUACUUUCUUCGCUGUCGCCUUUGCUGCAAAAGAUUUGAACAUCCGUGGACUUGUUAACCUUAUGAUCAGUAUUCUGGCUAAGAUGGCGAAGGCUUACACUUCCACACCUGAGGAAGAAGCUGAGGGCAGUACCGGUCAGAACUUUUAA